AUGGACAACGCAUUGGUCGAUGCUCUAGUUGAGCAGGUAAAUUUGAGUCGUAAGAGUGACGUCAGCUUCAAGCCGGAAGCGUACAAAGCAACUAUAGCUGAAAUCAGUGUCAGAUGUGGAGUCCAUCUAGAGAAUAAACAUAUAUCCAACCGCCUGCGCACUUUUAAAAAAUUCUACUGGGCUGUGAAGGAUAUGUUAAACACGAGUGGUUUUGGUUGGAAUCCCGUUGUUAAAAUGGUCAUUGCUACUGAUGAUGUCUGGGAGGCCUAUAUUGCGUCCCACCCAUAUGCGGAAAGGGUACAAGGAAAACAUAUAAAUAGGUACAAUGAUCUGAGUUUUAUGUUCGGUAGUGACUGUGCACAAGGAUUUUAUGCCAAUACAGCAUACUCAUCUUCCAUUUCUGGACGCCGCCGCCCAAGAGAUGAGGUUGACUCUUCUGAUGAGUUUGGAGAGGAUGGCAAUGAUACAGUACGCCUUUCUUCAGACGAUGAUGAUGAAAACGGUAGUGGUUCGGUACGAUGUCCCAAUGAAGAGUCACAUAAGCAGACAAAGAGGGUUCAUACAGGCCCUAUGGAGACUUCAUUUGGGUCUAGGAACAAUCAGAGCACUGGUACUGGCAUGACCCGUCAACAAAGGGUUAAACUAAGUGACCAAAUAAGAGAUAAGAUGGGUGAAGCGGCCGAGAAUGUCAGGUCCCUAACAAUUACUAUGGCAACGGGAAAAACUAUGACCCUCCAAAAAAUACUGAGCAUUUUAGAGGAUGUCAAUAGUCUCAGCUAG